AUGCCGGAUUUCAAGCCUGGGCAGAUCGUCCAGCUCUCGGACGGCCGCAAGGGCACCGUCCGCUUCGCUGGCCCUACCCACUUCCAGGUCGGCGAGUGGGUGGGCGUCGAGCUCGAGGAGAAGACGGGCAAGAACGAUGGCAGCGUCCAGGGCGAGCGGUACUUUGACUGCCCCAUGGGCUAUGGCAUGUUUGUCAAGCCCAUGAUGGCCACCAUCAUCGCCCAGGCCCCCGCCCCUAGGCCCGCGCGCAAGCCCUCCCGCCCGAGCAGCUUCAACCCGGCCGCGGGGAGGACGUCGAGCGCGGGGGACGCUGGACUCGGUAGGAGGAAGAGCCUGAAUGCCCCGAGCCCGAGCCCGGUACCUAGAGUGGCCAGGCCGACCAGCAUUGCAAGAUCUCCCACGAAAUCGCCUACUAAGCAGAUGAGUGCUUCUUCAAGUGCUGCCGUAUCUCGAACAGGAACACCCUCCAAUCCCCGUGUACCAUCCGCGGGGUCCAAGUCUCGCCCGUCUGUUGGAGGGUCGCGAACCUCUAUGGGACCACCGCCACCCCCUGCCACCCGGACGACAAGACAGGCCUCCACAUCUUCAGUUUCAUCACGAGCAGGAGGACCUAUUCCAAGGACUGCAAGCGGUCGCUUGUCCUUGAGCGGACCAAGAGCGGUAUCGCGACCAAGCUCACGACCAAGCUCUGUGACAAGACGGACAUCAGUGGAUUCUCUGGCAGGGAGGGAUCAUGGCUCAUCUGACAGAGACAGUAUUGCCUCCCCUGUGAAGGAUAACGGGGACAUAUUAUCGCCACAACCCAGAAGCCCCGUCCAGGCGAGAACAAAAGCCUUGGAGAAGCUCACAGGAGGGACCUCAUCACGAACAUCCACACCACCCGUGUCUAGGAAACCCGCCCCUGCAGCUCGACCCGCUGGGAGCACCGCUGCAAGCCGGGAAAUUGAGGAUCUCAAGGCGAAGCUGAAGGUUUUGGAACGCAAGCGGGCCGAGGACCGGGAUAAGUUGAAGCAGCUCGAAAAGGUUCAGGGAGAGAGAGACAAAUUUGAGAGCGUCAUUCAGAUGCUGCAGCAAAAGUAUCAACCACAGCAACAGGAGAACAAUGAGUUGAAGAAGUUAUUGAAAGAGGCGGAAAUGAGGUUGGAAUCCAUUGAGGAGAUUCAGGCCGAGCACGACAGCAUAUUAGAAUUGGCCACACUCGACCGAGAGAUGGCCGAGGAGACAGCCGAGGUUCUCAAGGUUGAGCUAGACGCCCUGAAGGAGAAGGCCGAAGAGUUGGAGCUUGAGGUCGAGAUUCUCCGAGAAGAAAACGAGGAAUACAGCAAGGGCAUGACCCCCGAGGAGCGAUCCAGCACUGGAUGGCUACAGAUGGAACGCACAAACGAGCGAUUACGAGAGGCUCUUUUGCGGUUACGCGACUUGACGCAAGCGUCAGAGGAGGAGCUCAAGGAUCAGAUCGCGGGAUUGGAGGAGGACCUGAAGGAGUUUAAUACCGUCAAGGAAGAGUACGGCGUGUGCCGAGAAAAGCUCGAACAGUCCCAAUCGGCUGUUGAGGACCUUCGGCAACAACUGGACAAUGCACUUGGUGCUGAGGAUAUGAUCGAAGACCUUACGGAACGCAACAUGAGCAUGGCUGAGCAGAUUGAGGAGCUGAAGGCUGUGAUUGACGACCUUGAAAGCCUCAAGGAGAUUAACGAUGAGCUGGAAAUCAACCACGUACAGAACGAGAAGGAAAUGCAAGAGGAGCUCGACUUCAAGGACAGCGUCAUUACCGAGCAGGCUCGACGAGCCGUCCAGCAAGAAGAGUCACUGGAGGAUAUGGAGUAUACCCUGUCGCGAUUCCGUGAGCUGGUGACGAGCUUGCAAAGCGACUUGGACGAUAUGAGAGCCUCGCAGGCCGUCACCGAGGGCGAGUCGGAGAAGCUCAAUGAUCGAUCCCGAGCUAUGAUGGAUCUCAACAUGAAGCUCCAGAUCUCGGCAGCCAAGGCUCAAGUCAAGACGAUCGACCUGGAGCUGCGACGACUGGAGGCCCAGGAGGCAGAGCAGCACCUGGAGAUUGUCAAGCUUUUCCUGCCUGACACCUAUAAGGAGGAUCAGGACUCUGUGCUUGCUCUGCUCCGCUUCCGUCGUCUGACCUUCAAGGCCAACCUCCUCAACGGCUUCAUCCGAGAGCGACUCAACGGACAGCCUCAUCCUGGACACGAGGACGACGUAUUUGCUGGCUGUGACGCUUCGGACAAGCUGGUCUGGGUAUCCAACAUGUGCGACCGCUUCGUCAAUGACAUCAGCCAUUGCUCUAUCGAGCAGUUCUCUAGGUACCAGAACGCGCUGCACGAGCUGGAGCCCGUUGAGCGUGCUCUGAACGUCUGGAUCGACGGCUUGCGAAGGGAUGAGCUGAAGGAGCAGAAGUGCGCCGACGAGCUGCACCGUACCAUUGCUCUCCUCUCUCAUCUCGGAGAGGUGCACAUCUCGAACAACUUGGCCAACUAUGCCGACGACGCUCAUAUGAAGGCCAUGCUGAUGCAGAGCCACCUCGACUCUGCGGCUGUUUCCUUCAACACUCUUCGAAACCUCGUCCACCGUGUGGUCCCGGCUGAGGGCGAAGAGGAGGAGCUGGCGCAGCACUUUGCCAAGAAGUCCGAGGCUGUCAUUACUCAGACCCGAGGCGCCAAGGUCAUUGCUGGCAAGGCUGUGCGAGCUCUUCAGGACCUUCGAACUAGGUCUCUGUCUCUGCUGCCGGAUACGAGCGAGGCAUUUGAGCAGUGCUGUGAGGCAACCCAAGAGCUUGCUGACCUGGCACGCCAAAUCGGUCUCGGCCUUCAUGAGCUUCUUACCUCGGAUGAGACCAGGACUGAGCCGUUUACAUAUGUUGAGGUGCAGUCGGCGGUUCACAAGACCGUGCUCGCUGUUAGCACUUCAAGCGAGUCGGAUCUCUUCUCCAGCUACCUGGCUAAGCUGCGCACCGUCACAACUCAGAUCACAGACUUGGCCUCGUUGGCUACAGACCUCGACCAAGUUCAGGAGUUCGAUGUGGCCCCUGCCCCCUGGCGGCUGCGGUCGCAGGAGCUCAAGGCUCUCAAGACCAUCCCUGUUGACGCCGAGGAGGAGCUUCGUCGCCUUAAGGAGGAGCAUAGCGAGGCUCGCCGCACCAUUGCGCAGCGCGACGAACACCUUAGCACGGCCGUGCUCAAGAUCGAGACGCUCGAGUCGAGAAUGCGGGAUGCCCAGGCUAACAUUGAGCGCAUCUCGAAUCUGCAGAGCGAGCUCGAAGCUUCGGGCCAGCAGAUUGGCAGCCUCAAGGAGGAUAUCGAGAAGCAGGACCGCGAGCUCAAGAACCUCGAGUCAGAGCGCGACAAGUGGAAGAAGAUUGCCAGCGACAGCCGUGCCUUUGCUGACGGCGCUGAUGCCGCUGGUGCCAAGGCUGGCCAGGAGCGUGCCGUUGCCACCGCCCGCGAGAUGGACGCCCUCAAGAAGGACAUCGAGAGCCUGCAGUCGGCCGUCCGGUACUUGCGUGACGACAACCGUCGGGCUCGCACUUCGGAGCAGCAGAGAUACGACUGGCUGGCCGAGCCCCUUCAAAAGCCCAAGACCGUUACCGAGCAGCGCCGCGGCCUCAUCGCCGCCGAGGGCAGGGAUGUCCUCAGCGAGCUCGUCAAGAUGGCCUCUUCGGCCUCCUUGUACAACUUCUCGGCCCUGCCCGAGGACAAGCUCGCCUGGAAGCCCGCCCGGUCCACGCCUCAGUACCACGCCGCUAAGCAGCAGGAGGACUACGCCGCCUGGACCGCCUGGGAGGACUCGGUCCUCCACAAGGCCCACGUGCUCCAGGGCCAGACGGCCAAGGUCGAGCGGAGGAAGGCGGCCCUAGGCCGGAACCCGGCGGCCCGGCUGCGCAUCAGGCUCCCCGGCGCCGACGGAAAAGUGGUGCCCGGGUCCGGGCGGGACGUGCAGAUUGUGGGAUCGCGCGAGUGGGAGGCUCUACAAGGGCGAAUCGCUGUAUGA